UAUAAAGAAGUGCUUAAGUUUCUCUAGUACCAGAAAAAGACUUGUCUUCCCAGGAACUCAUCUAUGGAUACUUUGGUUUCCUUCAAUAACCCGCGCACGGCAACAAGUGGACUAAUCCUCUGACUCCAUGAGAGGGAAAUAAUUUUUUGGACACUUUCUGGCCGAAGUGGACAUGUCUGAGGAAAAUAUGGGGGAAGAGUCGAGCAGCUCCCCUGUCUCUCCUGUGGACAGCCUGAGCAACAGCGAGGGGGAGCUGGACAGGCUGCCGAAGAAAAGUGGGAGGAAGAGGAGACCGAGCAGGAAAACCGGAUCAGAGGACUCAGAUAGCCCAACCCCUGGGAAGAGAGGGAAGAAGUCCAGCAGCAGCAGCCCCCAGUCUUUCGAGGAGCUCCAGUCACAGCGCGUCAUGGCCAACGUACGGGAGAGACAGAGGACGCAGUCCCUCAACGAGGCUUUCGCGUCUUUGCGCAAAAUUAUCCCCACUUUGCCCUCGGACAAGCUCAGUAAAAUACAGACCCUGAAACUCGCGUCCAGGUACAUCGACUUCCUCUGCCAGGUGCUGCAGAGCGACGAGCUGGACUCCAAGAUGUCAAGUUGCAGUUAUGUGGCGCACGAGAGGCUGAGCUACGCCUUCUCCGUGUGGAGGAUGGAGGGCGCCUGGUCCCUGUCAACAUCUCACUAACAUCUGGAGAAAACUGUGCCACCCAAACAUUGGUGACUGCUGAAUCUACUUAUCACAUUCUGACGGGACAAUUCUGGAGUCCAAUGCUGGAUACAUGGGAUCACUCUUUAUUUCAACCAAGGACCACAGAAAAGGUCCGGGAUUCGUUUUUGCAGAGGCCCGACAUGGCACUCACAGCCGUGUGUGUGUGUGUGUGUGUGUGUGUGUGUGCGUGCGCGUGUGUUUUAACUCCAUACACCUCAUUCUCAUGUUGUUGACGACGAAUGUUGAAUUUAUCUUUUUAAUGCAUUUUCUUUUCUUUCUUUUUUUUUUCUUUUUUUUUACUGCAUGUCUUAUUUGUGUCAACGUGCAUUUACUGAAGCAGUGGUCUCAGUGUUUGUGUUUGUUUGUUUGUUUUUGUUUGUUUGUUUUUCGGUGUGAGGCUGUCAACUGGUGGUGUAGCUCACAUUACAGACUGACUGACUGACUGCAGCGUGGAUCUAACCUGUGCAAAAAAAAACAAAAAAAAAACAGAAUACAUUUAUUUAUUUAUUAAUGGCGUCGCAUUGAAGGAAGGAUCCUGUGUCUGAAGUACAAAAACGUUCUUGUUUUUAUUAACGUUUGUAUAAAAUGUUGGUAUAUGUGUUGUUGUUGUUUUUUGCAUUAAAGAAAAAUUGUAUGAAAUUUG